UCCUCCUGGAACCUCCUCGAUCCAGAGGAGGAAAACCAACUCCACAAGUCUCGUCUCUUCAGCAUCGAGGAGAAACCCUUCAAGCGCAUCACCAAGCGCCUUGCGACCAUCCACCAGCUGGCCAACAGCAAAAUACGCCAGACCCUGACACCACCGCCCGAAGCAACCUCACAACAACAAAGUAACGGCACCAAAGCGUCCAGACACGACCACGACAACAACGACGACGACGAUGGCGACGAGGAUGCCGAGCCCACGACUGAUUUUGCACAACUCAAGGAGGAUAUCACCCUCGACUUCGCAGCGUUCGACUACACCAUCGGUCGGCUGCAGUUCCUACAGUCAGCGAACGCGGGCCAGCGCGAGCGGUACGCGGCAGAGCGGGGCCAGAUCUUAGACACGUGCGCCAGGGUACGCGACAGCACGACGCAGCUCAGGCUGCAGCUGGCGGCGGCGCAGGAAACAAGGGCACGACGACAGGCAUGGGACGGGUUGGCGCGUGCGAUCCUGGAGAACAAAGCGUUGCAGGAGCGGCCCAAGGCAGCGGCGGGGAUCGACAAGCUGGAGGAGGAGUGCCGCCAGCUUGAGGCGGAGAGCGAGACAUAUGCAGCCACGUGGAGGGAGCGGCGGGAGCAAUUCAGCCGUAUCAUGGACGAGAGCAUGCGGCUGCGGCGGCUGAUCCGCGACGAGAAGGAGGAGGUCGAGAGGCGCGAGGGCAUGGACGAGGACGGCGAAGGCGCCGGGGAGGGGGAUGCUGGGGCAGAAGCACACACGCCGCGGCCGGGCAGCGCCAGCGGCAACGCGACACCCAGGCCUGACGGCGCGGUCGGCGUUGCGUCUGCGGUGCCCAAGGGACUCGGAGAGGAGGGAGCUGGCACGCCGCGCCCGGCGUCUGUAGGCGGGAGGACACCGAUGCGUGACAGUCCCGCGCCUGCUGGUGCGAACGAAGGUGGGCUGAAACCACCAGAGGCGUCAGGUCGCCUCUCAGAGGCCGGCAGCCGGGAC